AUGACGGUACCAGCAGAAAAUGUGAGGGAUGUACUGUCUGUUAGAGUAAUGCGUCUUAAUCGUCCAACAUUUGUUAUACAACGUUGUGAACCAACUGAACUUUAUCUGGAUGAUAUAGCAGGAUGUUUAACAGCAUCUGACGCAGGUAUUCGUGGAGACCUUGAUGGUAUUGCGUUAAAUCUUUUAUCUGCUGGAAAUAUACCUCCCUCUUCAAAUUCUCAUGAAUCUCUUAACUAUGAUCAUAAAUUAAAUAACGACAGUAAAGAUAAUUAUAAUUACAUACAACCAAAAGUUGGUGGAUAUAGUGAACUGUUAAGUUUAAAUCAUUCGUUUGGUACUAUCUAUUUGGGUGAAACAUUCUCGGCACAUAUAAAUUUACAUAAUGAAAGUAAUCAAAUUUGUUACAAUGUUGAAUUAAAAGUUGCUCUUCACAACCGUAUCGAAUCGAUCACUUUACCGAUAUUCACUUCUUUAAGUGGUCAUUCUAAUAGUACUGUUGGUUCACGUAAUUCUUCAACAAAUUCAGAAUCAUCAAAUACUCAUACAACUCCAGGACAAUCAUUGAAUGCGAUUAUCAGUCAUGAAUUGAAAGAAUUAGGCGUUCAUAACCUGCGAUGUACGGUCUCAUAUUUUCAAACUAGUUCUCACGGUAAAUCAGAAAGUUCAUCUCAUGUGGUAGCAUAUGAAUCUCCACGGUUAACAUCAGGUGUUUCAUCUCGUGAUACUAUUAGUAAACGUGAACCAAUUACAUUUCAACGCUUAUAUAAGUUUAUGGUCAACAAACCUUUGGAUGUUCGAAAGAAAUUUUCAAUAGUUGAUAUUGAUCAUAGUGUACUUAUGGAAACACAAAUUCAAAAUCUCACUGUAACACCAAUUAUACUUGAACGUGUUUUAUUCGAAUCAAAUCCUCAAUUCAGUGUGAUUGAUUUAAAUAAUUUACAGUUUGAUAAAAAAUCUCAUUCUAACACUCCAACGUAUUAUUUACAACCGAAUGAUGUGCAACAAUUUUUAUACCGUUUAAUACCGACAACAACCAAUUCAUCGCCUUUAUUAAAUCUAUCAUCUACCAAUUCAUCAAUACCAACUUCAACUGUGCCUGAUCCAAUUCCAGUUUCUUCCACAACUACCCGUCAAGUGUCAAUAUCAGCUGGACGUCUAGACAUUACAUGGAGAUCACUUAUGGGUGAAAGAGGACGCUUACAAACAAGUUCUUUAAAAUACGAACUUCCUACUUUUGGUGAUAUUCAGUUGAGGGUUUUAACUAUUCCAUCCACUGUGACAACAGAACAACCAUUCACAUUAAAGUUUGAAUUAACUAAUUGCAGUAAAAUGAAUUUAGACUUAAUACUUAGUUUAUGUUCAACUAAAUACAAUGAUUCUUCUUCAAUUCCAAUUCAAUCAAUCAUCAAUGAAAAUGAAAAUACCUCUAAUAAUAAUAAUGAUAAUAAUAAUUCAAUUCAAUUAACAAAUAGUUAUUUACCAUUGAUUGUUUGGUUAAGUAAAACUAGACAAAAACUUGGCAAAUUAUUACCUGGUCAAUGUAUUCCAUUUGAAUUGAAUUUAAUGGCUACAUUACCUGGGUUACAUAUGAUUUCCGGUUUAUGCAUUCAUGACUUAACAAUGAAUCGUGAUUAUGAAUUUAACAAUUUAACUCAUGUUCUUGUUUUUACCAAUAGUGCUGUUUCAGCUUAA